AUGGUGGGACAGGCCGAGUCGUCCAAGUUCAGCGUCAAUGGAAGGCUGGCUCGAGCAAGAGAGCAGGAUCUGCGCCGAGCCCGUAACCUGCAAGCCAAACUCGCUCGUGCGCAAGAUGGCGCACAGUCGCAACCGAAAGCAUUGUCUCAUGCAUUCGCGCCUCAACCGCAAGAGUAUGAAUCCCCUUCAUCUAGGGCAGGACUCAUGCUUAUGUCGUCUAUCGAACAAGCUCGAAGGGAGCGAGAGCAACGGACAGGUGAGCGACACCUGAAGCGACAAGUAGCAGGGCCGAUGCCACCUGAAUCCUGGCGGGACGACUUCGACCGACUCAGCAUACGCAGAGGCAAUGCUUCGCAUUUAAAUAGACAGCGCUUACAAGCCCUCAUGUCUUCCACUACCGCCCCACUCGGCGACCAGGACUGGAGAGAGCGGACAGACAGCCAGCCUGCCGACGCAGCUCAUACCAUGACUCCAACAGCAGCUGUGAGGGCAAAGCAGCGGGCAAAGCAGAGGGCAACGUGUGCCGGGCUUCGACGCUUCUACGACUCUUCAGACCCCUUCCAUGAAAGUCGACCUCUCUUAUCUCUUUGCGAUAUGGCUUUGUGUGUCAUCGCCGAUUCGCUCAAUCGCCCGCCGUCAACUAGUGAUAAGGGCACCAGGGGAAAAGCUCGAGACGAGACAAGCGAGAUAGACCACUUGCAAAAAGCUGAGGUGCUCGAGUACCUUCCGGCUCACAUGCGCCAGCGCAUGAUGGCUCUGUGUGGACGCCUCGCAUUCACUAAACAGCCUUUAUGCGAUUCAGUGGCUCAGGCACUAACACACGCUGACAUCACCGAGGCUCUCGAGAUCGAUCAAAGUGGUUUGAAAGACCAGGACGGAGCCGAAGACGACUGGGAGGCAAGCGCCAUAUCUUAUGAGGACCUCGGCACUACACUCUCUGCUAAGAGAGGUGAUGCCUUCUCUUCGCUCGAUCUUUCCUUCUCGAGCAUUGCAAAGCACACCAUGCACCGCAUGUUAUUUACAAUGCACGGAGGCCAGAUGUUCGUCUCACUCCGCAUGCUCAGCUUGGCUGGCUGGAACAACUCUUUUUCGAACGCGGAAGACCAACCCAAUACAAUCGACACAUCCUUGGAAUCGAUCGUGUCAACCCUUGCGCGACUUCCCAAUCUCGAGACGCUCAGCCUUGCGGGUUCCAGAAUCUCCGGGACAAACGUUUCGAGGAAUGCCUUCAGUACGAAAUCAGAAACAGCUGCCUCUAUCCUUCGCAAACUGAGCAGGAGCCUUCCGAAGCUCAGAACACUUGACCUGAGCUGUUGCGACUGGGUCUCAGCUGAUGCAAUUCUGGGCGUUCAGUGGGCUACAUGCCUUUCGGUGGCAUGGCCGCAUUUAGAGAAUCUCGUGCUUGUAGGCUGCAAGGCUUUCGCCGACCCGGAGCAGCUCCGAGGCGCCACAGCAGAAGGACUGAUUAGCAAAGAGGCAAGGUGGCGCGGUGUGUUCAGCGCCGAGGCGGCUGGGAGCUAUGUGGCGCCAUGGCACGCGAAACAUUCACAGAGAGCAACGCAAGGCGGUCGUGUGAUCAAUGGAGAGGGUCCUACUGUUCAUCAAUACCAUAUGUAUGUGGAUAACGACCUUCGCCACCUGCCCUACAUGUUCUCCAAUCUCGAACCUUCGCAAACGUUGCAGAGAGGUUAUCGUCGCGCUACCUUCUUAGAAUUCGUCAACAACACCGCCCAGCCUCGCACAGGGUACGCAACCACAGACAGCAGGCGCUAUCUGGACUCAUUGACGGAACGGGUACAUUGCCCGCGCACGACCCACACAGUUUCGAUGUGGCAAUGGCAAAGAGCUCGAGUCCUGGAGGCUGUUCGCGGAAGACUUCAGUCCGGCGCGCGACACAGAAAGUGGGUCGAGGUGUGGUUCUAA